GAGCGAGGAUGCAUGUCUGACACAAAAGUGAAGUGAUGAGGUCAAGCGCCACUUCCCAAACUGCAGGUGUGGAAGUCGCGACGGAAGGGUCUGUGCAAGCACUAGAGCUCGCCACGAACUCACAUGGUCUGUCUCCACCGCACACCUCCGCUGCCUCCUACACCACACAGCUCACCACAAGGUAUGUCGCACUACUUUUUCUACCCCCUCUCCAUUUCUCUAGUGAUGAACACAAAUUAUAGCAUGUAUUAUCCGACUGGCGCUUCGGCGACGGUAUGCGGAACAUUCUUUCGACUGAUCAGAGAUUUUUGAUGGACCUUUUUGAUUUGAUCUGCUAGAGACGAGUCUAACUGUCUGCAGAACCAGCCUCAUGGCAUCUGCUCGAGCACCAGCGGGUCACUUUUCGAUCCUGUACUUUGCCGCCGCUUCGACGUUCACGGCAAAGAACAGCGAAACCAUGCCUGCGCCGCUGCGGGCUCGCGAUCUGUUUGCCAAGCUAGAAGAGAAGUACCCAGGCAUAGGAGAGAAGGUUCUCAGCAGUUGUGCUGUGACUGUAAACCUCGAAUAUGUCGCCAUGGACGAGGAUGAUGCUGCGGGGUUAGGUCGAGAAAUCAAAGAAGGUGACGAGGUGGCCAUCAUCCCGCCUACGCCGCAGCAAGGCUAUCCGCAGGCCCAGCACGGCACCGCCCACCCAUACUACACGCACCAGCAGCCCGCCCCGCCGUCGCAGCCCGUCCCGCUCGCCAGCAGCCUGCUCCAGCAGACGUCCCCCAUCGGCCCCGAGGCGUCGCAGGACGAGGACGACCACGACGACGACGGCGACCAUGACGGCACCCAUGCGACGCCGGGCUCCGCCAAAUCGCCCGGCGACUUCAAGCGCCCGCGGGCCUGUGACUCGUGUCGCGGAUUGAAGGUGCGCUGCGACCAGGAGAGGCCAGACGUGUCGUGCAGGCGCUGCGCUAAGGCCGGGCGUCCUUGCAUCACGACGCCGCCCACGCGGAAGCGUCAGAAGAAGGCCGACAGCCGCGUUGCCGAGCUCGAGCGCAAGAUCGACGCCCUGACGGCCACGCUGCACGCGCAAAAGACGGGCGUGCCCGACGUCGGCCACCAUGGGGGCAUGCCGCAGUACGACAACACGUCCAGCGCGCAGCCCACGCCUGAUGGCACCUUCCGCCUCGGGCCCCUCAGCCAGGACUGGAGCCCCGCCGCCAGCAGGUACUCGGACAUCCCACCUGGCUACGGCCCCGCGCAGAACAUCCAGCGCGGCCCAGAGCCGAAGCGGAGGAAGCUGGGCGACGGCAACGGCCAUGCUACGAUCCCCGAGGAUAUGGAUUUCAUCCACCGCGACCUAGCUGAGCAUCCCGAGAUGAAGCGUACGGCGAAGAGCCGCAUCCACUCGGACCACUCGCACAUUAACGCCCUAAUCGACAAUCUGAUGAGCCCUGAGCUUGCCGAGCGCAUCUACCUCCGCUACGUCAACGACAUCUGCCCGCACUUCCCCGCCGUGCCCCUCACGCCUGGUGCCACGGCCCGCGAGGUCCGAGACAAGAAGCCGCUGCUGUUCCUGUCGGUGCUGGCCGGAUCAUCGCACGGCAGUGCAGAGCAGCUUGUGCCGCAAGAAGUGCAGCGCGAACUGACCAAGCUCCUCAAAGACCAGCUGGCUGACAUCAUCUGGCGCAAUGGCGAGAAGUCGCUCGAGAUUGUCCAGGCACUGCAGGUGUCUGUGCUGUGGUAUCGACCGCCGCUCCACUUUGAACAGCACAACUUCUACAUGUACAUCAACUGCGCUGCCGUCAUGGCCCUAGACCUCGGCCUCGGCAGGAAGGCCACGCCAAACGUUAUGAAGCUCUCGAUAGGCCCCUUUCGGCGAUUCCAUCCCAAUUCGAGUAGCAUCGAGGCGCGCCGCACGUUCCUCGUCUGCUAUUACCUCUCCAUGAGCAUUACCAUGGUGCUUCGACGGCCCAUCCUCUUGCGCUGGACAAAGUACAUGGAGGAGAGCGUUAAGAUUCUCGAGACCUCUCCAGACGCGCUUCCUUCUGACAAGCAGCUUUGUCAGCAGGUCAAGUUGGCGCACAUUGGCGAGAGCAUAUCGGUCCAGUUCUGCAUGGACGACCCUUCUGUCGAGGUUAAUAUUUCCGAGCCAAAGGUCAUUUACGCCUUGAAAAUAUUCGAAAAUGAGCUUCAGCAGUUGAAGGAAGAAAAUGCUCAGGCGGGCGAAGUUGACCCUGCCUUGCGAUUGGCCGAGCAUGUAACGAAUCUCUAUCUCCAUGAGAUCGCUCUCCACCAAUAUCAAGGCUCAGCGGACCUGCAGCCGCCUUUCACCUCGGAGUCUGUGCCUUCAGAAGUUACCAAGGAUGUACCCAUUGGGCCUGCACACAUUGGUGCCCUCGGUGAAUGCCUCGCUGCUACGCAUGGCAUUCUGGAUACCGUUCUGAGCAUACAUCUCGAUGUCCUGAUUACCUUGCCUGUCAUAUUCUGUGUCCGAGCAAUCUACGCAAUUGUCUGCCUCAUGAAGAUGUGGGUAUCAGUAACCUGUUCCGGCGAAGUAAGCAGUAUAAUCAAGCAAGAAGACCUCCACAUCGAGCUCUACACCGAGCGCCUCGUCACAAUGUUCAGCGCCAUCGUCUCGCGCGACGCACAGUCUCCACACGGAAAAUUCUACUUCGUCGCCAAACGCCUCCAGGAGCGCUUCGCACAAAUCAAAGAAGGCGCCUCAACCCGCACCCCCCAACCAAACACCCCCAACCAAGACGACCCUCCCCACCCUCCCCGCCGCCAAUCCUCAUCAAACCAAACACCCCUCCACCUCCUCUCCGAAGUCGCAAUGGGCGGCACCCCCCAGCAAGCUCAGGCCCACGCACACUCCCAGCACCAAGCCCAGGCCGCGCUCCGCCACCUGCCCCAACAGGCUAUGCAGAAUCAGAACCAGAAUCACACUCAGAAUUGGUACCCGCAGGAUCCUAACCUUAUGAAUGUUGAUCUGAACUUUGAUUUCACGCAGUUUGAUCUUGGGACCGGGUCGGAUGCGGAUCUGUCGGCGCUGUUUAUUCCGGAUUCUAUGCUGUGGUCGUAUCCGCAGGAUGUUAAUAUGCAGGGUCAGAGUCAGGGGCAGGGUCAGGGGUAUGGUGGGUUCUGAGGGAUGUGUGGUUGUGUUUGUGCUGUGGAGUUUGGGCGUGUGGGGUUUCCUUGUUUGUUUGCAAGUGUGUGUGUAGUGUGAGAUGAGAUGAGAUGGCGUGAGGGCUAAAAAGUAUUCGUGUAUGUAUAUGCAUGUAUGUACUACUUUAUUAUUGUCUAUCAUCUACACU